GCCAAUAAGUUCUCCCACAACCAAUUACCACUGGCCCGAGAAAAUGGCAAAUUUUCUGCCUUUGGUUUGGCUGUCCUUUGUGCUGGCAGUUAUCACAAGCAGCGAUGCACAGGACAAUACCACCACGACUCUCGUGCCUGCAAUCAUGACAUUCGGCGACUCUUCCGUCGAUGUCGGCAACAAUAACUAUCUCCCUACUAUCUUUAAGGCCAACUUCCCUCCUUAUGGCAGAGAUUUCACCAAUCACAAGGCCACCGGAAGGUUCUGCAAUGGGAAGCUGGCCACUGACAUUACGGCGGAAUCUCUAGGCUUCAAGAAGUAUCCUCCGGCAUACCUGAGUCCGGAGGCAUCAGGGAAGAAUCUGUUAAUCGGGGCCAACUUCGCUUCAGCUGCAGCAGGAUACGAUGAGAAAGCGGCGUCAUUGAAUCACGCGAUUCCCCUGUCCCAGCAGUUGGAGUACUUCAAAGAAUACCAGGGUAAGCUCGCGAAGGUGGCAGGGAGCAAACAAGCCGCAACCAUCAUCAAGAAUGCUCUGUAUAUCCUCGGAGCAGGGAGCGGCGACUUUCUUCAGAAUUAUUAUGUCAACCCUUUCAUUAACAAAGUCUACACUCCCGAUGAGUACUCCACCUUCCUCAUCGGUUCAUUCAACACUUUCAUCAAGGGCCUAUACGGUUUAGGAGCCAGGAAGAUUGGAGUGACUUCGCUCGCACCACUCGGUUGCUUUCCAGCUGCAAUCACUUUGUUCGGGUUCCACGAGAAUGGAUGCGUAUCUAGGAUCAACAGUGAUGCUCAGAACUUUAACAAGAAGAUCAAUGCCGCUGCGGCAAACCUCCAAAAGCAACUCCCAGGCCUCAAGAUAGUGGUCUUUGAUAUCUUCACCCCACUCUACGACCUCAUCAAGUCUCCCUCAAAGAAUGGGUUCAAAGAAGUGAGGAGAGGAUGCUGCGGUACAGGGACAGUGGAGACCACGGCGUUCUUGUGCAAUCCGAAGACACCAGGAACCUGCACUAACGCCAGUCAGUACGUGUUCUUUGAUGCCGUUCAUCCAACUCAGGCUGCCAACCAAGUACUUGCUGAUGCAUUGAUCAUACAAGGCCUCUCUCUUAUUUGAGGAGAUGUGCAUUACAGUGCCUGUUCUUUUCGGUGCAAUUUGAUGUUCUCCACUCUCUUGUACCAUUCAGAAUCAGAAACGGAACACUCCCAUGAAACAUCUGCUAUAUUUCAUUAGGGCAUUCAAGCUAAACAAAUUUGUAUGGUUUAUGAUUGAUUUAGCAAGUGAGCUUAUCUUCAUUUCA